UAAUAUGUUACUAUACCGCUAUCCAAUUUAUGCGCAUAUUAGUGACCAAAUCUGCUAUUUUCACCCAAUAUACAGUAUGGAGUGUAAAGGGCUUACCUAUAAGUUGCUUUGGAUAAAAGUGUCAGCUAAAUAACCUUAUUAUGUUAGUAUUAUUCUAUGUAUCACCUCUACCCUCCACUCGCUCAGGUCCCUGUGGUCCAGAACACAGCGUCUUCCCUCCAGAGCGGUGUCGUCCACGGGGCUCAGAGCAUGAGCAAGAUGUCUGGCCGCCCUGGCCACCACACCCCAGAGCCCCAGAACCAUCGCACUGCACAGGGUCACUCGGUGAUCAGGUCAGCCACCAACAGCUCCAUGUCUCAGAUGAUGAUGUCACAGAGCAGGGUGAUAGCGCCCAAUCCUGCCCAGCUGCAGGGCCAGAGACUGGCACAGCAGAAGCAGGGUGGCAUGCGCUCCUCGACUGGCAGCUCUAACAACGCCGUUAGCUACCAGCAGUCUUCCACCCAGCAGGUGGCAGCUUCUCAGCGCUCUGGCUCCUCCUCCUCCUCGGCCAUCUACAUGAACCUGACCCACAUGCAGGCGGCCGGAGCCGCGGGAGGGGUCAGCGGGGUGUCGGGGGUGGGGGCGGUCAGCCCCUCAGCCACACACAGCCCAGGGGGGACAUCGGUGGGCUCCUCCAUGGCAGACACAGCCAGCAGRCAGGCYGCCGCRAAYCUMGCCCUGAGGAAGCAGRUGGAGAAAACCCUGCUGGAGAUCCCMCCUCCKAAGCCGCCGGCGCCGCUCCUCCACUUCCUGCCGUCAGCGGCCAACAGCGAGUUUAUCUACAUGGUGGGCCUGGAGGAGGUUGUGCAGAGUGUCAUUGACAGUCAGGGUGAGGGAAGGAACUGGAACCCUUUUGCUGAUGCCUACCCUUCUUGUGCCCAGUGCAAGACGGACUUCACCCCACACUGGAAGCAGGAGAAGGGUGGGCGCAUACUCUGCGAGACCUGUAUGUCAUCCAAUCAGAAGAAGGCACUGAAGGCCGAGCACACCAAUAGGCUGAAGAACGCCUUCGUUAAGGCUCUACAGCAGGAGCAGGAGAUUGAGCAGAGAAUCCAGUUGCAAGCCGCUCUUGCCACCAGUUCAGCUCAAACUGUUCCAAGCGUCAGUAAGGCUGAGUCUAUGAGCAGACAUCACACACACAGACAGGCGCCUCAGCCCCAGGUGACCCAGUCACAGGCCUCCCUCCAACGGGGUCUGUCUGGCUCGGCCCGGGGUGUCCUGUCCAACUUCGCCCAGGCCUCCCAGCUCUCGGUGGCCAGCAGCCUGCUGAGCAUGACUGGAAAGCGCAGUGGACAGCUGAGCACUAGUGGGCACAGCCGGGCACAGCAGCAGCAACAACAGCAGCAACAACAGCAGCAACAGCAGCAGCAGCAGCAGCAGCAACAGCAACAGCAGCAGCAGCAGCAGCAUCACGACAACCGCCGCCAGCUCUACAGCAUCCCUGGGGUGAACAUUGCCUACCUGAACCCAGGCAACGUGGUCGGCCACAAGGGGUCGAGCCUGGCUGACCGCCAGAGGGAAUACCUGCUGGACAUGAUCCCGCCUCGCUCCAUAUCCCAGUCCAUCAGCGGACAGAAAUGAACCUCACCUCGCCCCGACGCAAUACCACAACCCUUCCCCACACCACACCCCAACCCCCAUCGCAUGCAGUGCCUGUUAGUGUGCCUACCAAACUAACCUGUAUGAAGAACACAAUCAACGAGUCAAGAGGCCACCAAACUCUGAAAUGACUUUUCAUUUGAACGUGAUGCAAACCCCUUUUAAUUCCUCUUGUUAUUACUAUCGUCAUUAGUGCUAUGGAUGUUGUUACUACAUUGCCGCUACCAGUUAUGAGCGUGCCCAUCUUUGUGGAGAACCCCUGUCUUUAUAUGCUUGUGGCAGUGUCCCGAGUGUGGGGUGUCUUUUGUUUUGGAUUUAUGCGCUUGUUUUUGAAGCAAUAUUUUGUCUCGCUUGACCUUUCCUUACCGGACUCUAGUCUUUGUUAUGUCUGGAAUUACCAAGCUAUCUUUUUGAGAACUGCACCACUCUCCAAUCCCUGCUCUUUCUCUGAUUUCUGAUUUCAACCAUCACUCUGUUUUUCCACAUUUGGUUGUGAAUUGUUGGAGGAGAAAUUCUACCAGCCCGGCCAAACCUUUGUUUUAAAAAGGUGAUUGUGAUGGUUUAACUUUGACCUGAAUCUCUCAAGCCUCUGAGCUUGAGCUUUCUUCAAAGAUUUGUGGGGAGAAAAGAGGGUGUUUGAGACCCUGGAGUUGUCUGAAGCAAUGCUCCUCUAACUGAUUGUUGAAACAAGGAUGGAUACAUAUCCCACAAAGAGAGAGAGCCCAAUGCACCAUCUGGACUUGGAUUGGAUGCACCGCUGAAAAAUACUACUCCCAUUGGACAUGAAGGCAUAGAAACUGAACCUAUAGCAGAGUUGCCCUGUAUCCUUUGACCUUUUCAUUUGAGGCAGAUAGGGGGGCUGUAGUUCAGAAGUGGUGGAAUUGAGAAGUUAGUAUCCUAAAGCAUAUAAUUAAUGGGGUAUUGAUUGGAGAUAUCAUUUAGAGGGAUUUGAUUGGACGAGAGAUCAUGUGAACGUACGUAAUUGCCUGAGAGAUCAGGUGAUAAGGUUUUUAUUUAAUUGGAGAGGAUACAUGUAUUGGAUUUGGUGGGAGGGAUCAUCCCUAGACUCAAAAUUGAAGGGGUUUCCAAUAGGACCGUGGUUUGUACUUAUUUAGGAGUGGGAAUGGGGGGGGAAGAGGCACAGGGGUUGAUCCCUCUCUCUCCUGUUUUCAUCUCCUAGCUAAUGGGAUUUGCUAUUGUUCACUCUACCCUGUCAUUCAAAGUUCUGGAUUCCGUUUAGAUACUAUUUGAUACUAUACUUUCUUUUGUCAACAUUAUCCCCAUGGUGUCUGGGAGGCAUUUGAAAACGGUCAGGGAGAGUGGCUAGCUAUUAGCUUUAAGACUGCUCUAAGCUAUUUAGAUGUUUGGUGUCUUCUGAAGUGUUCGUGUAUCUGAAAGGUACUUUGCACAGGAGACAAUAAAUAAAUACAGUAUGACAAAUGCAACUUGAAUAUUUACAUAAAUCAAACAGUUAUAUAGAAGGAGACAUAUACAGGAUAUACAGUACCAGUAAAAAGUUUGGGCACCCCUACUCAUUCAAUGGUUUUUCAUUGUUUUACUAUUUUCUACA